AUGUCCAACUUGAACUUCCCAAACCUCAACGUCAACCAACCUCAUCUCUUCAUCCUCAGCCUUUGCAUAACGGGCUCUGUUCUCAUGUCCAUGCAUCAAGCUGCCAGUCAGCUCAGAAUGGGCCCAUUGAAAUGUAUCAACAGUCUUCCGGGCCUCUGCAUCCUCGCUGUUGCCAUUCGGCCGAUCUCGAAAGGUCCACCUGUGCCUGGUGAAUGA